AUGGAGCCUCAAGCGCCACCCAACAUCGUCUUCAUCAUGGCCGAUGACCAUGCGGCCAAGGGCAUCUCGUGCUACGGCGCGGGAAUCAACAAGACGCCCAACCUCGACCGCAUCGCAAGCGAGGGUAUGCUGUUCAAUCACUGCUACGUGACCAACAGUAUCUGCACGCCCUCCCGCGCGGCCAUCCUGUGCGGCACGCACAACCACGUGAACGGUGUCACAACGCUCGACUCCAAGAUCAACAAACACAUGCCCAACGUCGCCAAGCAACUCCGCUCCAGCCCUGCCCACUACCAAACCGCCAUGGUGGGCAAGUGGCACCUGGGUGAGGGCGCAGACCACGAGCCCACGGGGUUCGACUACUGGAGCGUGCUGCCAGGCCAAGGAGAAUACUGGGACCCGCAGUUCAUCGAGCCCUCGGGCACGACGAGCGUGCCCGGCUACGCGACGGACGUAAUCACCGACAAGUGCAUCGACUGGAUGGACAAGAGGGACAGGUCCCGGCCAUUCUACCUCAUGUGCCACCACAAGGCGCCGCAUCGGACCUGGGAGUACGACGACAAGCACAAGGACCUGUACAAGGAGCCCGUCCGCCUGCCCGACACCUUUACAGACGACUACAAGAACCGCGCCAACGCGGCCCGAAUCGCCAAGAUGCGCGUCGCCGAGGACAUGACAUACAACGACCUGGGCAUCGUGCAGCCCGAAGGCCCGCGCAGCCGGAUCGGCGACAAGAUGGUGGAUGUGUGGUGGUGGAACGACCGCAAGAUGCCCGCACCUGAGGAUGUGACGGGCCUCCAGUUCAUCUGCAAGAACACGGGCGAGCUCUUCACGUUCAAGACCAAGCAGGAGCUCGCCGAGUGGAAGUUUCAGCGGUACAUGCAGCGCUACCUGCGGACGAUCCAGAGCGUCGACGACAAUGUCGGCCGCAUGCUCGACUACCUAGAGGCCGAGGGCCUUGCCGACAACACCAUUGUCGUCUACACGUCCGACCAGGGCUUUUUCCUGGGCGAGCACGGCUGGUUCGACAAGCGCUUCAUGUACGAGGAAAGCUUCCAGAUGCCCUUUCUGAUCCGAUACCCCAGGGCCAUCCAACCCAGGUCGGUGUGCAACGAUAUCAUCUGCAACGUGGACUUUGCGCCCACCUUUCUGGACCUCGCCGGGGUGCGCAUCCCAACCUACAUGCAGGGUGUGUCGUUCAGCGCGCUGCUCCGGGGCAAGACGCCCGCGGACUGGCAGCAGGUGGCGUACCACCGCUACUGGAUGCACCGCGACAUCAUCCACGAGGCCUAUGCGCACUAUGGGUGUCGUGACCAGCGCUACAAGCUCAUCUACUGGUACGCCGAGGACUUUGGCCUGGAGGGCACACGGCCGGGGGGCGAGGAGAAGGAAUGGGAGCUCUUUGACUGCCAGGAGGAUCCCCUGGAGCUCUUCAACUGCUACCACGAGCCCCAGUAUGCAUCCGUCGUCCGCAAGAUGACCAAGUUGCUGGAGGACAAGAUGGCCGAGAUUGGAGACGAGCCGGUACAUACCAAGCUUCAAGGCGUAGCAAAGCCUACGACCAACGGUCACCAAGGCCCCAUCAUGACACAUAAAUAG